AUGUUGUCACCAAAAUUUUCUCUUUCUCAUUUUUUCUUCAAGCCAAAUGAGAGCAGGUACAAGGCACUUAAUGUAGUGGACCUCUUCUUGGACUACAACUGUCCUUAUUCUGCUAAGAUAUAUUACAAGUUCCUCAAGGUGAUUCCAAAAUUGAAUCAAAAGCAUCCCGGAAAGUUUCAAUUCGUAUUCAUCAAUGUUGUCCAGCCAUGGCAUCCAAACUCAGUCUUGCUCCAUGAGUUUUCUCUAGUGGUUGCUGAGUCUUUGCGUAAAAACGACCCAGAGACUUCAAAUGAAAAGUUCUGGGCUACUUCCAAGGUUCUUUUUGACAACAUAGAGAGAUUCUACGACUCUGCCACUGUCUCAUUGGGCAGAAAUGAGAUUUACAAACUAAUCUCUGACGUCGUCCAGAAAGAUUUGGACUUCCCGCUCGACAAGGAAGGCAUUUUGGGUGCCUUGAGUAUUAAGGAGGCUGAUGUUCCUGAUGCUUCUAAUUCAGGAAAUGAUGCAAUCACUGAUAUGAAAUACUUCGCAAGGUAUAUGAGGACUAUAGGUGUGCAUGUGACUCCCUCGGUAAGUGUCAAUGGAAUCGUCAACACUUCAGUCUCGAGUCAAUUGUCGGAGGAAGAAUUGGUGGAAGUGUUUGAGUCCUACUUAUGA